AAAUAUGUAUAUAUUAGUGACCAAAAGAGCUGGUACGAUGCUCAGACCUACUGCAGAGAGAAAUACACUGACCUGGUCAGUGUGAGGAACCAAACUGAGAAUGACGAGAUCUGGAGUGUGGCUAAAAUUUCAGGUUUUUGGAUCGGUCUGUUUAAUGACUCCUGGAAGUGGUCAGAUCAGAGAAACUCCACAUUCAGAUACUGGAGAUCUGACAAACCCAGUGGAAGUUUGAUCUGUGCUGCAGUGUCUGAGUCUGAUCAACGUUACUGGACUGAUGUGAACUGCAAAGAAAAACUCCCGUUCAUCUGCCAUGAGAAUAAACUGAUCCUGAUUAAGGAGAAUAAGACCUGGAAAGAAGCUCUGAUAUACUGCAGGAACCAUCAUCAUGACCUGGUCUCAGUUCGCUCUGAGGAGAUGCAGCUCUGGGUGAAGGAAGUGACUCAAAACGCCUCCACUGAACACGUGUGGCUCGGCCUGCGUCACACCUGCGCUCUGGGCUUCUGGUACUGGGUGACUGGAGAGAUGAUCUGCUACCAGAACUGGGCUCCAGGUAACGGGACAGGGUCUGAAGACUGCAGUCAUGAGGGGAGAACAGGAGCAGUGCAGUCUGGAGGAGAGCAGAAGUGGAUCAGCCUGCAUCAGAGCCAAACACUCAACUUUAUCUGCUCUACCUAUGAAGAUUAGUCAUUUUUUUCCUGUCUUUUGUGUUUGUCUUAAACAUCUAUAAACUUCCUAAUCAAACACAUUCACUCAAACAUAUUGAUUAAAGAGCAUGAGUGAAUCCACAUAGGGAUUAAAUGAAUCCUUUCCUAUACUGUAUGUAAACUCCGUGUCACACAUGCUUCUUUCAUUUUUCCCAAUAAUUAUGUUAUUCAUGCAGAUUUCUAUAAUAAUAUCGGUAUUUUAGGGAAUUAGGGUGAAAGCAUUUACUUGUAUUGCAUUUCAAUGUGUUUGGUUUACACAGAUUUCUUUUUUCUUCAUAGUUAAAGUUUAACAGCUAUCUAAUAUUUCAGCUUAUAUCAGCUUAAAUGAGCAAAUUAAAUCAUAUUGUCAUACAUACAGAAAAUGCAACUUGUCAGAAAACAGGGGUAUCUUUGUGAUACAAAUUCAGACCUAAAAACACGAUUGAUUAAACACAACAUAAAAACACAACACACACAAAGACAAUACAAAGAUGAAACAGAGACAAGGAUUAAAUAGUAAAGACAAUUAGACACAUAAGUAUCAGGUGUGCUGAGGCAGGAAGGAAUAAGACAAAGUGGGGCAGACACUCACUCACUCAUUCAUUUUCUACCGCUCAUCCGAACUUCUCGGGUGACGAACAUGGUAACCACUGAGUGGGGCAGACACGUGAACACAAAAAAACACAUGGCAAAAAGUCCAAACUAGAUCCUGACACAACUAACACACACAUUGAUGAUAAAAUUUUUAUAAAAUAUUUUCCAGAAAUAUAUCUUAUAUGUAUACAUUACAUGUCAUUUUUAAUCAGUGGUUGGUGGUCUCUCUAAUGCCGGUCAUGGUAAAUCUGAUUUCAUGUUAUUUUUUUGUCGAUUUUUUUUUAUUUUCUUUAAUACUGAAU